GUGGACUUUGGUCUGGAAUCACCAUGCAUUUGAGACUGCUUGCUUUUCUGACUUGCUUUGUCGCUGUCUACAGUCAGCACCUUGGGCAUUUCUACUCGGAUCAUGGCGGCCAUGACUAUCUCGAUAGCAGCGAUGCAACACACAAACACGGGCAUCAUGGAGCCCUGGACGAAUACGGGAAUUCUGGAUAUGCCAAGCAUGGGCAUCAUGAACUGGACACUCAUAAAGCCCGCGGAGAGGAGGAGAGCCACCAUGAUCUUCACAAAGCUCGUCACGACAAAGGAUAUUAUGAAAGGAAGAAAGGUCACGGGUUUGUAAAGGCUUAUGCAUACGAUCACAUCAAAAGCCACCAUGAUAAAGGUUCCUCCCUAAAUGAACACAAAUCUCAUCAUGCUCACCAUGCCAGCGAAGGCCUCCGCCAACUCGAAGAUGACGGGGCUCAUGGCUACGCCAAACAUGCCAAGAAGAUUCAUCACGGAGGAUAUGGAUACUCGGAUGCAGGUAAAACCUUAAAGAAGCACGGUCACCAUGGCUAUGAUAGCAGGGCCCACCACGCUCCUAUCCCCAUCUUACUGCAUCCUGCUUAUUCGGCGCCAGUGUAUGCUGGACCUGCACACCAUACUUAUUUGCAUUAAGAUGUGACGUCUCUGCACAUUCUGGUCGUAGAUACAAACAAAGAAUCUUGUCUGAGUGCACCAUAUGUUAUUUAUUUUUUCACGCAUAAUAUUGCAGACUAUCCGCAUCUUGGAAUCAUAUGUAAUUUUAUUAUUUGUUUAAC